ACAACUAUUACCACGGUGGAUUCGUCAAGUAAUUAGGAUUGACCGCUCCUGGAGAUAUUUCUCUUGCUCCACCAGCUUUCAUAUAUCUCCACAACCUUUCUCCCCUCGACGAGACUUCUCGGUCCUGCUUCACACUACGAGCCACUAUCAGUCGGCUAACAUAGGAACCUUGGUUUCAAGAUAGAACAGCAAAAAUGCUUUUCUACAACCCCACCGGCAUGAAAGCCGAUUACAACAAGACCGACGCGAAGCCAACGGGCUACGUCCCGCUUCAUAAGCGACCCCGCGAUACUCUGGCCGCCGCACGUGCCCGUGCCGAAGUUAUGUCUCGUCAAGGCCGUACUUCUCCAUUGUCUCGACUCUCCGUUGAGUCGAUUCAAAGAGACUUCGAAGAGCUGGCCGGUAAGCCAGCUGUCCAAGCUCCAGCCCCAGCCUCGGUUCCUGAGCAAAGCGCCGAUGGGGAAGAUCAGCGGCCGGGGCGUUUGGCCACAUCUACGGCUCCUCAGCCUACACCUGAGGAAACCAUUCUUCGUCGUCAACCAUGGACGACAUUGGCUACUCGUCGGCGUCAACAGACCGACGGGCCUACAUUCACCACUUCCUCAGUGGUGGUGGAGCCGAUCCUCGGUGCUGCUGUUGCCGACAAGCAGCAGUUUAAGCACACCGAGCGAGAGGCCUCGGAAGGCACUAUCUCCCCUAUCCGACCAGUCCUCCACGAGAUAACGGCCAAGCUGCAGGAAAGUAUCCAGCAGCGCGACGAGUACACCGGACCGACGGUGAUCCAAGUAAACCCGCCGCUGCAGACAAUCCUCGCCGCCCCCACCGCGCCCGACCAGUCCAUGCUCAGCGUAGCGAGCAUCAUCGUCGGCUCGCUCGUCGCGUGCGUCAUCGUCACCUCGCUGGUCUUCCUGUGCUGGGCCGGCCGCCUAUAUAAGCAGCGCAAGGCCAAGAAGGCCGAGGAGGAGGAGAAGAAGAAGAAGGAGGAGGCAGGUGGGGGCGGCGCCGGCGCCCAGGCCGCGACGCAGCCGGGACACCCUGCCGCCGCUUCCUCGGCGGCACACGCGCACGGCAUGGCCGGCGCCGGUGGCGCGGGGACGAGGGGUACGAGGGGCGGCGCGCGCGGCGCCACGGGGGCUACGGGGACCCCUGCCCCGGCGUCCAGCGGGGGUGCGGGGAGCCCGUCGAUGGGUGGCGGGGGACAUAGCUGAGCGCCACGGCUGUGGUGCGGACAAGGCGGAUCUCCACAGGUGGUGGAGGGAGAUGGGGAAAGGGGGAGAAGAUUGGGGGGGGGUAAUUUUCCUUUUUUUUUUUCCUUUAUUUUCCUUGUGUUUGCGAUGAUUUAUGAUACGGUGGAAAACAGCGGUGGCCGGAAAAACGUCAAGCGGGCAUAUGGGAGGUCGAGACCGCUGGAUAAAAGAUGGGGAGGGUUGAUAUGGUGUUCGGAGUAUUUCAUGGGAUUUCAAAAUAUUUCAAAAAUACUGUUUCGGGGUAUUCGGGUUUCGGAGUGAAGGCGUUUGCGGUGUCUUUACUAUAUCACUGCGAGGUUCUGUAUGGGAGUGGUAUCCAUGUGGUCUGAGACUAUUCAGACUUGAUUACCUCUUACCUAGUUGUCUACCUGUCUAGAGACACAUAC